CUGCUCUACAAAGGAUAUCAGAUUGUUAUAGGAUUCACCCUCUUUACUGAACUCUUAGUUGCCGUGAAAGUAAGCCUCAAAAUCGAAUGCUGUGUUAAAACCUUCUUCAUCCCUUGCUGUGCUCGGGUUUGGGAAAGCUGCGUUUGUUGUGGAAAUUGUUGGUACGUUAUGGCUGGAAUCAGUGUUGCUCUCAAUUUACUUGGGAUUAUAUCAGUGUGUAGGGCAGUUCCAUUUAGUGAUAUGAUAGACUAUAUCAUCGGAUUCAGACUAGCAUUCGGAAAUCUGCUGUUAGGUUUUAUCAAGCUUACAGUUUGGACGUCUUAUUCAAUAUACAGGCGAAGUUGUUGUCCAGAUUCGGCAUAUUACCUUGGUUCAAGUCGAAGAUUAUCAGAUACAUAUAUCAAAACUACAAGAGUAACAACAGAAGUGACAAGAAGGAGAAGAGCAGAUGGUACAAUUAUUAGCGAAAAUAGACGGGAAGUAGGCAGAGAAGACCUUGGUACCAGAAAAGUAGACAUUUCCUGUGUUUAAAGUUAACUUUGUUGAAAUGAGAUCGAACUAUUUGUACAUAUGUAGCCUUACUGUAAACAUUUACGACCUUGAGAACACUCAAGUGCCAGAGGUAGCAAAUGUAAUGUUGGCGCAACAUUGCCGGAGUCGUUUAGUGAAUGUUCUCACGUUUACAUAUCUGAACCAAAGCUCUGAAUGAGACUCCACAUAAAUGUUAUAAGACAAGGGAAUUAUGUUGCUUCUUCUCGCAUAAACAUUUGUAUUUUAAUAAAACCUGCCUUUUUUGUAACGCUUCGAAUUCUGUUCCACGCAAUUAUUCAGAACAUGCGUGGACAUGUGACUACAGUAUUUAAUGUACUACCAGGCCCUGAUUUAACGAAAAUACUUAACUUUGUUAAUUGACUUAAAUACGUUAAUUUGCUUAAGAAAAGUAAAAACUUAAACAACGUAACACUCUUAAGCCAAUUUAAUGACUUAAGUAUAAUAACUUAACUUAUUACAUAUUCGGGAAAUCGGGACCAAAUAUCCUGAUAUAUAUAAUAUGCUUUAAAAACAACAAAAACAUUUUAGCUUAUCCACAUAUCUAAUAUGCUUUAAAAACAACAAAACAUUUCAGCUAAUACAUAAGAUUAUUUUAUUUCAAUGUUUUAUAAUAUCAAUGUCACCUAUGAAUUAUAAAUAUUAUAUUGUGAAAUACGAAGCAAACAUUAUCUGCAAAAAUUUGCCGAUUUCAAAUAUUGAAACUAUUGUUACGAAUAGGAUGGCACGUGAUUUGUACAAAACAGUUAUAAAACAAUGACGAUAUUACGCAUAAUUGCUUUUUUUUCACACACGUGCAUUUUUCCAAGACAUUUGAUUACAUGAAAAUGAGAUUUCAAAUAGAUAAGUCUAAAGUUCAGAAAAACUGAGUUUUUUUAUACAAAAUCAAAAAUAUACGUUGAUUUGAUAUCUUUGUAAAAAUGAGAACCGUUGCAAUGAUAUGUCGCUGUUAUUGGUUUUAUAGAUCUGCCUGUACGUUUGUAUAUGAAAAUACAGACAAAUCCUAUAUAUUCUCUGCUUUUAUCAGGGUAAUCUUCCAUGGCAAUGACAUCAUAUGGUCCCCAGGAAUCAGAGGGCGUUUUUGUUUCCUCCAGUAACUGGAAAUAUCAAUGAAAGGCAAAAUCAGAUUCUUAGAAGAGGAUGAAAAAUACGGGCUUUCAGUAAUUUUAACUGGGUCCCGGGCGUUAUUUCAAGCGUGACCGGGUACAUAUGUAGAACAGCCGAUCUUCGGCAAGAUAUAAUAGUGGCGAAUUCGACCUCAAUCACUCGAAGCGACUCAAACCAACAGCUUUAAGGGAAGAUUCGCCGUCCUUGAACACUCGGAUUCAAUUAAGAACCGAUGACAGAUAUAUAAGAACCUAAAUGUAACGUUGAUUGAAUUCGUCCAGGAAAUGUUAUAGAUAUUUUCUUUCUUUCUUUAAUAUCUUUUUAAGUGAUGGACUUCAUAAUUUCUAAAGAGUGUCCAGUCAGUAGGAAAAUGGUGUCCACAAAGUACUAUCAAGAAAAUAAUGUCUAAACAAUAACAUUUUGUAAAUUAAAUCGGGAUAGUCAUCAUAGGUCAAAUCAUUAACAAUAAUAACAGCAAAUUUUUUCCUAGUUACCUUUUUCGUGGAUCUUCCUGUUUUAAUCAAAUUGAGCACAAGGACGACAACAAUAGGUGAGAUAACGCCAGCCUACUGAACAAAAGACUGAAUCAAUACUACCUGUCAUAACAGACACAUGAAUUCCGUUUAAAAUAUUGUUUAGGUUUUACUUGAUUUACAAAUCUUCAAUACGUUCAAGGUCCCCUUGAUUGUAAAGAUUAAUAUACCUUGCUUAACACCAGGUACGUCCGCCGCCAUUUUGUUAUACGCCCACAGGGGGCGUAUUAUGGUAUGAGGCCGGUUUCCAUCCGUUCGUCCGUCCGUUAGUGCUAUUUCUUGUCCGCUCUGUAACCACUUUAAGGGUUUCGAAGAAACCUGAAACAAAUGUUCACCACAUCAAGACGACGUGCAUAGCGCAUGUUUUGGACGGCUCGCUUCAAGACCAAGAUUAUACUUAGGGGCCGAAUGUCAUAUAAUUACUUUUGUGUCCGCUCUGUAAUUCUUGAACUGCCUGAAGGAUUUUGAAGAAACUUGGCACAAAUAAUCCCCACAUCAAAACGACAAGCAGAACCAGAAUUCAUGUCUCGGAUGGCUACCUUUAAGGACAAGGUCACACUUAGGGGUCAAAGGUCAUGUGACUUUGUUUCAUGUCCGCUUUAUAACUCUUGGAACUGCUUGGAGAAUUUUAAAGAAACUUGGCACAAAUAUACACCACAUUGAGACGACGUGCAGAGCGCACCCGAGUUAACCUAACUAUUAAUAUUUCAAGAUACAUUUGGGCGUAUAUUGCUCCGCAUCGCGGUGCUCUUGUUUUAAAGUUUUUAACAAAGCGAUAAAUGCAUUAUAAAUAUGUGUCUAAUAAAUUCUUUUUGUUGGAUUUUACGUCGCACCGACACAUGAUAGGUCAUAUGGCGACUUUCCAGCUUUAAUGGUGGAGGAAGACCCCAGGUGCCCCUCCGUGCAUUAUUUCAUCACGAGCGGGCACCUGGGUAGGACCACCGACCUUCCGUAAGCCAGCUGGAUGGCUUCCUCACAUGUAGAAUUCAACGCCACGAGAGAGGCUCGAACCCACAUCGAUGUGGGGCAAGUGAUUUGAAGUCAGCGACCAU